UUUUAGCAUAGGGUAGUGUUCCUUAUUUUGUUGGGAUCUUUCCCCCAAAUUCAAUUCUUCCCGGAACCUACUCUCUACUCUCUAGGGUUCCACCUCUCUCUGCUGCAAUUUCUCCGCCACGCCGUACGACGUCGUUCGCCGUAACCUCUCUUCGUUCCUCUUAGGAAGAGAAAAGGGUUUGUUUGGAUAUGGCUGGUGACGAGCCCAUGGGCGAGAUUCCCUCUGAGAGCAGCAGAGACCCGAACUUGGGAAGUGAAUCUUUGGAUGAGGAGAAGAAAUUGGAAGAUGAAAAGUGUUUGGAAGAAUGUUUGAAGUUGAGUGUGGUCACUGAGGAAGUGAGUGGCAGGGUUCUUGCUGAGAAUGGUUUUCUCUCUCUUGAGGAAGGGAGUCCCAAAAGAAGCAUUGAGAUUGAUGAAAGAUCUGUAUCAGGUGCUAAAAGAGCCCGGAUUACUGUUGAUGAAAACCAACCCUCAGUUCAUUUCACGUAUAAUUCCCUAUCAAGAGCUAGUAGACACAAGCUUCAGGAACUUCUUCAGCAAUGGUCUGAAUGGCAUGCUAAACAUGUUUCAUCAUCCAAUGAUGCUAGCAAAGUGUUGGAAUCUGGUGAGGAGACAUUUUUUCCUGCUGUGCAUGUUGGACUUGAGAAGACAUCUGCUGUGUCAUUCUGGAUGGAGAACCAAACAAGAAAUGAUAAGAACAAAGAUUUCAUUCCUUUAGCUGAUAAUUCUGUGCCUCUAUAUGAUCGUGGAUAUGCUUUGGGAUUGACUUCAGCUGAUGGUUCAAGUAAUUUGGAUGGUGGUCUGGAGAUUAUUGAUGAUGCUGCUCGGUGUUUCAAUUGUGGUUCUUACAACCACUCUUUGAGAGAGUGUACAAGGCCUCGUGACAACGUUGCUGUCAAUAAUGCCCGCAAGAAGCACAUGUCCCGACGGAACCAGAAUUCUUCUUCCCGGAAUCCAACUCGUUAUUAUCAGAAUUCUCCCGCUGGAAAGUAUGAUGGUUUGAGGCCAGGUGCUCUGGAUAAUGUAACACGUCAACUUUUGGGCUUGGGGGAGCUUGAUCCACCUCCGUGGCUUAACAGAAUGCGAGAAAUAGGAUACCCACCUGGAUAUCUUGAUGUGGAUGAUGAGGAUCAGCCUUCAGGCAUUACAAUAUACACCGAUAAGGAGAUUGCAGAUCAAGAGGAUGGGGAAAUUAUGGAAGCUGAUUCUUCAAAACCAAAGCGGAAAAUGACUGUUAAAUUUCCAGGAAUAAAUGCUCCAAUUCCAGAAAAUGCUAAUGAGAGAUUGUGGGGCACUAGGGCUGGACCCUCAAGUUCAGAUAUUUCAAGAAACUUGUCAUCAUCGCAGCACAGGUCAAAUUAUAAUAAUGAUUAUGACAGUCGAGGAUAUCCUCGCGAACCAAGAUUAGCUGAUCUUAGGGAUGAUGAUCCACCAGGGGACCCAGGACAUAGUUCAUCAAGGUUUAGUUUUCAUCCUAGGUUUGGUAGCCAUGAUUUUGUACCACCAAGAAGUCCUACUCUUGCAAGGUCCCCAUAUGGGAGAAGCCCAGUGCAUGAUGAAGAAUCCCCAAGACCUUUUUCUUUCCAUUCUCUUCAUUAUUCAAGUCCUUCAGAGAGGCUUUUUUCGCCAUCGGACCAAGAUUAUGGUAGACUAGGGAACUGGACUUCUGACAGCCCGUAUGACAGAGACCGUGAUUUUUCAUCUCGGUUUCGGGACUGGUCAGAAGACCGGUACUACCGCAGUUGGAGGUGAGGUUGGCGUCAACAGGAUCAAUCAUAUUGGUUGGUUCUGAAGAUACAUUUCUGUCAUUCUUACAUUGAGAUUGUUCACCAUUACCCUUUUAGGGACUAGGGUUAUCCAGAGUUCUAGCAAAGCUGGCAGAUUUAACCAUUUUUGUGGUAUAGUUUUAUUUGUACUCCUUAAUUUGAUUUUAGUUUAUAGCCUACUCCUUACAUUGACUUGCUUGUAGAAUGAAUGUUUAGCCCGUUAAAAUAUUUGCAAUAGAAUAUGUUCAUUUGGGAAAGAUGUAUUUUUCAAUACAUUAUUAUUUUUUCUUUAAA